GCUUUAGGAUUCGCGUUGUGAUAUUUCUUAUACGAGAGGGAGAGGGAGAUCGGCGCUGCAGAAAUGGAAGCUUUGCGGCGGCUGAUCUCGGCAGCGUCGGGGGAGAACGGGGUGAGCGCUCUACUGAUGUGCAGCUUCGUGAUCCUCAGCUAUAGAUCGCACCAGCAGCAGCAGGAGCUCGACGCCCUCGAGGCCGAGAAGUCCUCCCUCCGCGACUCCAUUGCCGCCGCGUCGUCGGCUAUGUGGUCCAGCCGCCAAGGCCUCUUCGACCUCGCUUCCGCCGCCCAAGAUCCCUCCUCAUCCUCCGCAGGCCGACCCUUCAUCCCCCUCUCCCGCCUCCGCGCCAUCUACGGCGAUUCCGAGCCAGCAGCCCCCUCGUCUCCGCCUUCUUCACCAAUUGGAGGAGCAGAUGGAGCAAAAGAAUCAAUAUCUAUAGCUUAAGUGUAUUUUGUGCCCGGCGGCAAAGUUUUGCCUCCAGCCGACAGAAACUAAGAGCAUAUGAGGUGGAUUAAAAAAUGGAGAAAGAGGCCGUAGUGAAAACUUGGUCAGUCUGAUGGACCUUCACCCUUUUUUUUUUAAAUAGAUUUGGUAACAUUUCUGUUAAAUUUUCAAGUCUACUUCUGCUAUAUGAAGCAAAAUAUAAACAACUGUUUUUAUAGAUUUUGAUGUUAACUCAUCAUGUUCUUCAUUUCCAAUUCUGUUCUGCUGCUAAUAAAUUGAAGGUGAGCUCAUUGCA